GAUUCCUUCACAGCAUCUCCGGUCGACGACGCAUCCGCCGACGAUGGCAACACUCUUGUUUCCGUAUCGACUACAUUCUUCCCUGGCGCCCAGAUCCAUACACUCCCUCCUGAUCUUGUCCUUCUUUCGUCUGAUUCUGUCUUCUUCUACGUCCAGUCAGCCACCCUGUUCGGCGCAUCCUCUAACGCAUUCAAUGGUCUACUACCACCAUCGCAGAAACAGAAAAAUAACGACAUGGGUCCAGUAGUCAUGCUUACCGAACCUUCGGCGGUCCUCAACGUCGUACUGCACACGGUUUAUGACAUGUCGUGCUCACAUUAUGCGCCCUCGUUCGAGUCCUUAUCGGCAGCAGUAACCGCAUUGGCCAAGUACGGUCUCUCUGUGAACAAGUUCAUCGCUCUGUCAACGCCUUUAUAUUCUCUCCUUCUAUCGCACGCCCCCUUGUACCCACUUGAGCUCUAUGCCUUGGCCGCCAAGCAUGAUCUUUACGAUCUCGCCGUUCCGACCUCGUCGCACCUUCUUUCGUUCUCUCUCGCAUCUCUCACCGAUGAUAUGGCAGAUAGAAUUGGUCCGAGAUACCUCAAGCGGCUAUUUUUCUUGCACUUUGGCCGCUCGGAUGCCUUGAAACGUCUGCUUUUGCCACCCCCACAUCCUCAUGCGCCCACUACAACAUGUGACUUUGAGGACCAGAAGCGGCUCACACGGGCAUGGGCACUUGCAUCGGCUUACCUCGCAUGGGAUGCAAGGCCAGAUCUGUCGACAAGCACAAUGGAGUCGGCUCUUGCUCCUUUGGGGGAGCAACUAGCUUGCAACCUUUGUCGAACUGGUCUGGCAGAGCGAAUAAAAACUCUGAUCGUGCAAUGGUCUGUAGUUAAAGUGAGUACAUCCAGUUUUUACGUCACUCUAUGUUCUAACGAAUAUCAAAGCGUACCAUUUGAUGGCUUAACCCUAUCCAUCAAGUUUACUUUACCUUGA